CGGCGCAGGGGGUGCUGGGAGCUGGCAGGAAAGAGGAAGUGGUGGCUGAGAGGCCCUGGUAGGGCUGAGGGGCAGGAAGAGGGCGGGGCCCCCAGGCGAGACCCAGGAUGGCGGAGGCCGAGCCCCCUGCAGAGCCCGAGAGCGAGCCUCGCAGCUGGUCCUUGCUGGAGCAGCUGGGCCUGGCCGGGGCCGACCUGGCGGCCCCUGGCGUGCAGCAGCAGCUGGAGCUGGAGCGCGAACGCCUGCGCCGGGAGAUCCGCAAGGAACUGAAGCUGAAGGAGGGCGCCGAGAACCUGCGCCGCGCCACCACCGACCUGGGCCGCAGCCUGGGCCCCGUGGAGCUGCUGCUGCGCGGCUCCUCGCGCCGCCUCGACCUGCUGCACCAGCAGCUGCAGGAGCUGCACGCGCAUGUGGUACUGCCAGACCCUGCUGCCCGCGAUGCCCCCGACUCCCCGGGUGCGGCGGGAGGACCCGCCUGCUCGGCCACCAACCUGAGCCUCGUGGCGGGGCUGGAGAAACAGCUGGCCAUCGAGCUGAAAGUGAAGCAAGGGGCUGAGAACAUGAUCCAGACGUACAGCAGCGGCAGCACCAAGGACCGGAAGCUGCUGCUGACGGCCCAGCAGGUCCUGCAGGACAGCAAGACCAAGAUCGACAUCAUUCGCAUGCAGCUCCGCCGUGCGCUGCAGGCCGGCCAGCUGGAGAGCCAGGCGCCUGCCGAGGACGCCCAAGGGGGUCCCGACCUGGGAGCCAUCGAGCUGCGCAUUGAAGAGCUGCGACAUCACUUCCGCGUGGAGCACGCUGUGGCCGAGGGUGCCAAGAACGUACUGCGCCUGCUCACUGCAGCCAAGACCCCGGAUCGCAAGGCGGUCAGCGAGGCACAGGAGAAGCUGACAGAGUCCAACCAGAAGCUGGCCUUGCUGCGGGAGGCGCUGGAGCGGCGGCUGGCCGAGCUGCCCGCUGACCACCCCAAGGGCCGGCUGCUGCGGGAGGAGCUCGCUGUGGCGUCCUCCGCGGCCUUCAGCGCGCUGCUGGCCGGGCCCUUCCCCACCACGCACUACAGCACCCUGUGCAAGCCGGCGCCGCUCACAGGGACCCUGGAGGUGCGCGUGGUGGGCUGCAGGGACCUCCCAGAAACCAUCCCCUGGAACCCGUCCCCCUCCACCGGAGGACCCGGCACCCCUGACAGCCGCCCUCCCUUCCUGAGCCGUCCGUCCCGGGGCCUGUACAGCCGCAGCGGGAGCCUCAGCGGGCGGAGCAGCCUCAAGUCAGAAGCUGAGAGCACCAGCGAGGUCAGCACUGUUCUCAAGCUGGACAACACAGUGGUGGGUCAGACAUCCUGGAAGCCAAGUGGCCCCAGCGCUUGGGAUCAGAGCUUCAUCCUGGAGCUGGAGCGGGCUCGUGAGCUGGAGCUGGCCGUAUUCUGGAGGGACCAGCGGGGCCUGUGCGCCCUCAAAUUCCUAAAGCUGGAGGAUUUCCUGGACAAUGAGCGCCACGAGGUGCAGCUGGACCUGGAGCCCCAGGGCUGCCUGCUGGCCGAGGUCACCUUCCGCAACCCUGUCAUUGAGAGGAUUCCUCGACUCCGGAGACAGAAGAAAAUCUUCUCCAAGCAGCAAGGAAAGGCCUUCCAGCGCGCCAGGCAGCUGAACAUCGACGUGGCCACAUGGGUGCGUCUGUUGCGAAGACUCAUCCCCAACGCAGCAGCAGCCACCGGCACCUUCAGUCCCGGGGCUCCUCCGGGAUCCGAUGCUCGGAGCACAGGAGACGUGUCGAUGGAGAAGCUGAACCUUGGCGCUGACCCCGAAUACUCCCUCCAGAAAAGCCCAGCACUGCCAGUGCCGGGGCGUCCUCCCAGCCCGGCCAUCCUGAGCUCCCCAUCCCAGGAAAGCGUGACCACUCUCCAGCAGCCUUCAGAGACCCCAGAGGCCCUAGGCCCCACCCUGUGCAGCUCUCUGAGGAAGUCGCCCCUGCGGCUUGAGGACUUCAAGUUCCUGGCGGUGCUGGGCCGGGGUCACUUUGGGAAGGUGCUGCUGUCUGAAUUCCGGCCCAGCGGGGAGCUGUUCGCCAUCAAGGCCCUGAAGAAAGGGGACAUCGUGGCCCGGGAUGAGGUGGAGAGUCUGAUGUGCGAAAAGCGGAUCCUGGCGGCGGUGACCAACGCUGGGCACCCGUUCCUGGUGAACCUCUUUGGCUGUUUCCAGACGCCGGAGCACGUGUGCUUCGUGAUGGAGUACUCGGCCGGAGGGGACCUGAUGUUGCAUAUCCACAAUGACGUGUUCUCGGAACCCCGGGCCGUCUUCUACUCGGCCUGCGUCGUGCUGGGGCUGCAGUUUUUGCACGAACACAAGAUUGUCUACAGGGACCUGAAACUGGACAAUUUACUCCUGGACACCGAGGGCUACGUCAAGAUCGCAGACUUUGGCCUUUGCAAGGAAGGGAUGGGUUACGGCGACCGCACCACCACUUUCUGCGGGACCCCCGAGUUCCUGGCGCCUGAGGUGCUGACGGACACGUCCUACACGCGGGCCGUGGACUGGUGGGGGCUGGGCGUUCUGCUCUAUGAGAUGCUGGUCGGAGAGUCCCCGUUCCCUGGAGAUGACGAAGAGGAGGUGUUCGACAGCAUUGUCAAUGACGAGGUCCGCUACCCACGCUUCCUGUCCGCUGAGGCCAUUGGCAUCAUGCGCAGGCUACUGAGGAGGAACCCCGAGCGCAGACUGGGGUCCAGUGAGCGGGAUGCAGAGGACGUGAAAAAGCAGCCCUUCUUCCGGACGCUGGGCUGGGAUGCCCUGCUGGCCCGGCGCCUGCCCCCACCCUUCGUGCCCACCCUGGCCGGCCGCACGGACGUCAGCAACUUCGACGAGGAGUUCACGGGGGAGGCGCCCACGCUGAGCCCGCCCCGCGACGCGCGGCCGCUCACCGCCACGGAGCAGGCAGCCUUCCAGGACUUCGACUUCGUGGCUGGGGGCUCCUAGCCAACACCCCCACCCCUGGUCCUCACCCCGAAACAGAGAGAUCCGUAGUUUUUACAAAAAAAAAAAAAAAAAAAAAAC